AGUGAAAAUGGCGGCGCGAAGGGAGGCGGCAGCGCGACUAGAAUAGGAAGAGAGAAAGAGAAAGGCAGGCUUUCGCGGCACCGAGGUUCGUCGUGAAGAGGAACAGUUAAAAGUGGAACUUGCUGGAUUUCCAAAUGAAUUGUCCAUUAAACGUUCUGCAGAAUUUUUGGGAUGGAACUUGGCACUCUCUAAUUAUGGAACAUCAACCAGGCAGAGAAAAGCCUCAAGGAAGAGCUGUGUAAUGUAAUGACAUUCAGCAUGGCUGAGGUAUCGUUGAAGACUACAUUUGUGGUGUGAUUGCAACAUAAUGGCCACUGUCACGUCCCAUAACCUGUUAACCUAUGUUGAAGAAGAGAAUAUCACUGCUUUUAAGGCAUUGCUGGAGAAAUACAAGGAUGUGGAUGAAAGGAAUGAGAGUGGGCAGACUCCAUUAAUGUUGGCAGCAGAGCAAGGAAAUUUGGAGAUAGUGCAAGAAUUGCUCAAGAGGGGAGCUAACUGCAAUCUGGAAGAUGCUGAUAACUGGACAGCUCUUAUUUCAGCUGCAAAAGAAGGCUACUUAGAAAUUGUGAGCGAGCUCAUUAACUUCAGUGCCAACUUGGAACACAGAGAUAUGGGUGGCUGGACUGCUCUUAUGUGGGCAGCAUACAAAGGUCAUACAGAAAUUUCACGAUUACUUCUUGAGAAAGGUGCAAACCCGAAUAUUACUGGACAGCAGUAUAGUGUUUACCCUAUUAUUUGGGCAGCUGGACGAGGUCAUCAUGAAAUUGUUGAACUUCUACUGCAACAUGGAGCCAAAGUCAAUUGUUCUGACAAGUAUGGAACAACUCCAUUGAUCUGGGCUGCCAGAAAGGGUCACCUUCAGUGUGUGAAGCAUUUGUUAGAAAUGGGUGCUGAUGUCGAUCAAGAAGGAGCUAACUCUAUGACCGCUUUAAUCGUGGCAGUCAAAGGUGGCUACACUGAGGGAGUGAAGGAGUUGCUAAAUUGCAAUCCAAACGUCAACCUGACGGAUAAAGAUGGGAAUACAGCUUUGAUGAUUGCUGCCAAAGAAGGACACAUUGAGAUUGUUCAGGAUCUGUUGGACGCUGGCACUUAUGUCAACAUUCCUGACAGGAGUGGUGACACUGUCCUAAUCGGUGCUGUUAAAGGUGGUCACGUGGAGAUUGUGAGAGCUUUACUGCAAAAAUAUGCAGACAUAGAUAUCAAGGGAACGGAUAAUAAAACUGCUCUCUAUUGGGCUGUGGAGAAAGGAAAUGCAACCAUAGUAAGGGAUAUUCUUCAGUGCAAUCCUGACACAGAAAUUUGCAUUAAGGAUGGUGAGACACCUCUCAUUAAAGCAACUAAAAUGCGAAAUAUCGAGAUAGUUGAACUUUUACUGGAUAAAGGAGCCAAAGUCUCUGCAGCAGAUAAGAAGGGAGACACUCCACUUCACAUAGCAAUCCGUGGGAGAAGCAGAAAAUUAGCCGAAUUGCUAUUGAGGAACCCUAAAGAUGGCCGCCUACUAUACAGACCUAACAAAGCAAGUGAAACUCCAUACAACAUAGAUUGCAGCCACCAGAAAAGCAUUUUGACUCAGAUAUUUGGAGCAAGACAUCUCUCGCCUUCGGAGACGGAUGGAGAUAUGCUUGGCUAUGACCUGUACAGCAGUGCACUGGCAGAUAUUCUGAGUGAGCCAACUAUGCAGCCUCCUAUUUGUGUCGGACUUUACGCACAGUGGGGGAGUGGAAAAUCAUUUCUUCUGAAAAAACUUGAAGAUGAAAUGAAAACCUUUGCUGGUCAGCAGGUGGAACCCCUCUUCCAGUUCUCUUGGUUGGUGGUGUUCAUUACACUCUUGAUAUGUGGAGGAACAGGAGUACUACUUGGCUUUGCAGUUGAUCUGAAGCUUGGCAUAGCGGUUGGACUGAGUUUACUGGCACUUAUUUACAUCUUCUUUGCAAUUAUUUACUUCGGUGGCCGACAAGAGGGAGAAAAUUGGAAUUGGGCCUGGGUAUUGAGUACUAAGCUUGCUCGGCAAAUUAGCUAUCUGGAGCUGUUGCUUAAACUGAUGUUUGUAAACCCACCUGAACUACCAGAACAGACUUCCAGAGCCUUGCCCGUCAGAUUUCUUUUCACAGACUACAACAGGCUGUCAAGUGUUGGCGGAGAAACAUCUAUGGCCGAGAUGAUCGCAACUCUUUCUGAUGCUUGUGAGAGAGAGUUUGGUUUUCUGGCAACAAGACUUUUUAGAGUCUUCAAGACUGAAGAUACGCAAGGUAAGAAAGGAGUGAAGAAAUGGAAAAAGACCUGCUGUAUCCCUUCGUUUGUUAUCUUUAUUUUUAUCAUGGGUUGCUUCGUUGCUGGUGUCUUGCUGCUGGCCAUUUUCAAGGCAGAUAAGGAACACCUGACUGUAAAUGCCAUUCUUAUAUCUAUUGCCUGUAUCAUUGGUCUGGCACUGGUCCUUAACUGUCACACGUGGUGGCAGGUGCUAGAUUCUGUCCUUCACUCUCAGAGAAAGCGUGUUUUACUAGCAGCAUCAAAACUUCACAAGCUAAAGCCUGAAGGUUUUAUGAAAGUUCUAAAGAAUGAAGUGGAGCUCAUGGCUCGGAUGGCCAAGUCUAUUGAUGGCUUUACUCAGAAUCAAACCCGACUUGUGGUUGUUAUUGAUGGAUUGGAUGCAUGUGAACAAGAUAAAGUCCUGCAGAUGCUAGACACAGUACGUGUUCUGUUUUCAAAAGGUCCCUUUAUUGCCAUUUUUGCCAGUGAUCCACAUAUCAUCAUAAAGGCUAUCAAUCAAAAUCUGAACAGUGUUUUAAGAGACUCUAAUAUAAAUGGACAUGACUAUAUGCGGAAUAUAGUCCAUCUACCCGUUUAUCUAAACAGUCGUGGGCUUAGUAGUACAAAGAAGGCCUUUGCAGCAGUGCCAUCUAAUGGAGAUGUUGGAAACUCAGAUUGUACAAGUUGGCAUGAAGAUAAUGAUCGAAAACUUUCACAGCACAGCUUGGGGGAAUUGACCAAACUUGGCAGUAAGACGGCACUCAAUAGAAGGGAUACAUAUCGUCGCCGACAGAUGCAGCGACAGGUUACAAGGCAGAUGUCUUUUGAUCUGACCAAACUUCUGGUUACUGAAGAUUGGUUCAGUGACAUUAGUCCUCAGACAAUGAGGCGAUUGCUCAACAUUGUUUCAGUAACAGGGCGUUUACUAAGGGCUAACCAGAUUUGUUUCAACUGGGAUCGGCUUGCAUCUUGGAUAAACCUCACAGAACAAUGGCCGUACAGGACCUCUUGGCUUAUUCUAUACCUGGAAGAGACUGACAAUGUUCCAGAUCAUCUCACCCUGAAAAGCAUUUAUGAAAGAAUUUCCAAAAACAUACCAACUACCAAAGAUGUUGAGCCACUUCUAGAAAUUGACAGUGAUAUUCGUAGCUUUGAAAUUUUCCUAUCUUCAAGAAUGCCAAUUCUUUCAGCACGAGAUGUAAAGAUAUUUCUACCAUGCACAGUGAAUUUGGAUCCUAAACUGCGUGAGAUUAUUGCAGAUAUCCGAGCAGCUAGGGAGCAGAUGUCCUCUGUAAAUAUCACAGGGAUUCCUUAUCCUUCACUACCUUUGCAGGAAGCUCCACCUCGGGCUCUGUCUGUAUUCAGCCAGGCACCAUCAGUCUGCUCCUCAUCAACUUCAUUCAAUGGUAAUGUAAUGUCACCACAACAUCCUAGCAGCUAUUAUAGUGGCAUGGUUGGACAACAGCAUCCAUUUUAUAACCGGCCAUAUUUUGCCCCUCCUAUUUGUUACCUGCCAAGGCAAUACUUUGGCAGUUUGCAGCAUCCCAUCUCACGUUCAUCAACUAAAACCAAUUUCUCAAGAGAACAGAACAGUAAUCUACUUAAAUUAAAACAGGUGGCCAAUUCCAUUGCAGCAGCUUGUACUACUGCUCCACUCAGUUCAAUGAAUGUGGAUGCUAUUUGUGAAAGACUUCGACAAUUGGAAGGAAUUGACCAAACUAUGUUGUUUCAGUACAUUUCCACUGUCAAAAAGGCAAACAUUAAUGGAAGGGUAUUAAUUCAGUGCAAUCUGGAUGAACUGAAGAAAGAAUUAAACAUGAAUUUUGGCGACUGGCAACUUUUUAGAAACAUGGUCUUUGAGAUGCGCCACUUGGAUACACAGGCACUUCAAGACGAAAGGAGAACUGUUGGUGAAAAUGUGCCAGCACAGAAUCCUGGUCUUCAUGUACCAAAUAGUGAUUAUGCAGGAAACUCCGAACUUCCUGGACAUUCCCCACAAGAAGCCUUCAGCCUAACCUUCAGCUUUGAGGAACUGAGAGCUGUUGAUAUUGAAGAACCAGUAAGACACAGCAAUUCUAGUUGGCAGUUACAGCAUCAAAGAACACCAAGUGCUUCAAGUAUCAACUCUCUGGAAUCUUCCAAUGACCUUUCCAGACUCACAGACAAGCAGCAGGCUGAAUAUAGAGAUGCCUAUAAAGAAUAUAUUGCACAGAUGGCUCAAUUAGAUGAUCCAUCCACCUCCACAAUUGCCAGCACUGACAAGUCUAACCUGUCUGCACCCUACAAUCCUGGUCAACUUUUUAUGGGGAAAAGCAUGCCAGGAGCUCCCUUUCAAACCACGUUGGAGAAAGAAGCUGAGCAGAAGCAAUAUGAUGAUAAAAAAUCAUUUGCAGGAAAGAGAGAGACUGUUUCACGCGGAAGCAAGUCAUCUAUGAGUGACCUUGGAGAUUAUACAUCAUCCACUGUUUCUACAUCUGAUGCAUCGCUAUUGGAUCCCAUCACUGAAGAAGAUGAAAAACCAGAUCCUUCAACAACCAAGCUUCUCUCUAGGAAGAAAUCUUCAGACAGGGUGAAUAUCUUCCAAGGAGCAGAUUUAACACUGAAAGGCUUACAUUAUCAGAAACUACCCAGCGAUGAAGAUGAAUCGGGUCAAGAAGAAGGUGAUAAUAACCCACUUCUUAAAGGUGUGAAGACAGAAGGGAAAAAUGAAAAACAAACCAAUUCCACUGAACGUGGAAAUGAAGCUGUCCGAUCCCUGAUCAAAUCGAAAGAAUAUCUUUCUGAUGCCAUGCUUGAUAAAAAGGAUUCAUCAGACUCUGGCGUCAGAUCCAGUGAGAGUUCACCAAACCAUUCUCUCCAUGAUGAAACAGAAGACAGCCAAUUGGAGAAGACUAAUUUAAUAGAGUUGGAGGAUGAUCAGUCCAGAGAUAAACGAAGUAUACCUAACAGUUUAAGUGGCCUUCAAGACCCAAGUGUUGCUCGUAUGUCUAUAUGCUCUGAAGAUAAGAAAAGCCCUACUGGUUCCACCUCUGAAUGCAGUCUGUUAGCCAGUAGUCCGGAGGAAAAUUGGCCUGUCUCUCACAAAAUGUUUAAUGUAACCAACAUCAACAGAACAGCAAGCACAGAAACACUGAAUAACAAUAGCAAUCCUUCUAACAGGCUACAGAAUGCAGAUGAAAAUGAGAGAAAAGAAUUCAGAGAAACAGCCGGUGACCCUGAGCACUUAGUAAAGAAUGCACCUCGAGUUGCCCAUCCUACAGCAAGCUCAGCUCUGGACAGAUCACCAGUCCAGAAUGACACAUAUGCAGCUUCAUUCAAGAAUGACAACCUACGAGGUGCAGGUAUUAAACGGGGCCUUGCGUCUAAAGCUCCAUCAAAUUUUAUCAAGCACACAAAGAGUAGCACCUCAUCUGAGCUACAUCCAGUUGGUCCCAGUGAUUCCUAUGGGGAAGAACGGGAGAGCAUCCUGUAAAGAAAAGUUAGUUGUUUGUUGAAGGUUUGUUUGGUAAAUGGUGAUUCAAAGAUAUGUUGCAUUCUUAUAUAUUCUUGCAUUUGGCUAUCUUUCUGACAUCACACCUUUCAUGCUUUGUUUCAUUUGCACAUACCUAAAGUAUUAGGUUAAUUCUAUCAAGACGGUAUAUGUAUUAGUAAUAUAUGACAGUGAUAUUGUUUAAUGUUUCUGUAUUAUAUAAUAUUGUGAUUCUGAGCUAACAUAUCUUGUGAUUGUAAUUUUUGUAGUAUUUGUCAUGAUGCAAGUUCUAACUGUAAAUGUGGUUAGUAUAUAUUGCACUAUAUUUGUUCAAAUAUUGUUAAAUAUGAAUAUUAGCUUUACUGUUGUAAGUAUCGAUUUGUUGUGUUAGUGUUGCUUAUGUGAAUCCUCUGAUUUUAGUUGUGUAUGCCAGGGUUAAGCAGUACCUGUGACUUGUGUUUUUGACAGUCAGUCUGUUAUCAACGUGUUAGAUAAACAUUAUGGUAAUCUUCGACUUUUUUCAAUUAGAUUGUUGAAUUGGGCUGUUAAUAUCACAUUGUUUAAUGUCAAAAUAUCUUAAUAUAUGGUAUUUGUUACCAGUAAUUGUGGAAAAAGCUGGUGUCUCUUGUGUAACUACUUGUUGAAAUAAAUAGUUGUGGUAAUA